CAAUGACCGACCACUCGAGUUGACCGCAGUCGAGGCGUCAUUGAUCGCGCCACCGCAGUCAAUGACGCUUCGCCGGCGCCUUGCGAUUUUGUAGAAACGCAGACCAUUACACGAAAGCCACUACAGUGUACGCUCGGUUGCAAUCACGAACAACCUGUAGAGGUGUGCAUGCUAACGCUACAGAGCACGACGCUGCCUGAUGCCACGACCGCGCCCGCGCAGCACGCCAGUGCACUGAUACCUGCACUCCCGGUGCUACUCUUCCUCGUCCCGGACAGCCCAGCGUCGGAGAAACCGCCAUCGACGGCGAGAACGACGAACGACUUGGCCCAGCUUCAAGUCGACGCGGUAUGUUACGUUCGCACACACGUUCGCCAGCUGUCGGCAGAGUACAGUGUAGGUUUGUCCCCUUCGCCGAUCAAGGCACCCAACGCCACGGUCGUCGUUCGCAAGGAGGCAGCUGCGGUCGACGCAGUAGCUUCCACGCAUUCGUACUCACGGUCGUUGUAUCGUUAAGCUGGUGGGGGGAACUGGCGGCGGUUGGUCCGGCGCUGGCGCCAUCUUGGACCGAGAUACACUCCGGCAGCGCCAUGGCUGGUAUGGCGGGUAGGGUAGCGCCGACAAUCGAAAAGAGCCUUAACGUACAAUGCGUAACUACAAAACGCCAGUUUUUGUUUUUUCCACAUGUAAAAGAUGGGUGGGCAGCUAACUCGGCACGACCGUGUGUCACGGCAGAGAGUAACGCGCUGGCUCCCGUCGCGACAUGGACGGGUCUCGGAGCAUUUGAGAACUUGCAACGAGACGAGCUGUUGCAAGAUGGGUUUCUUUGGUCGGUCCAGCGAAGCGUCGCCGCGGUCGCCCUCGAUUAGCCACAACGACUUGACGCCGAGCGGCCUCGAAGACAAGGAGAACGAGCAUGGCGAUCUCCAGCGCAAGAAGCGCAUGCUCAUCAUGGCUGGCUGCGGCCUCGCGGUCGUCGCCGCGGUCGGUGUCGUCACCUUUGCAGCGACGAGCUCGACGGACGCCAGCACCGGCGAAGGUCUCGCCACCACGCCCAAGCCGACGACCGCAGUCGCCAACGGCGAAACCUUGGUGGGCUCGACCGGCCACCUCGACAGCGUCCCGACCGAGAGUCCGUUCACCCCGGUGACCACGACGGCCACACCCGAGUCGGCCAACGUGACCUUGAUUGGCGACACCAACGUGCUCCCGGGCACUGAGAACGCGACCAAGACGGACGCGCCGACGACGGUCCCGGUCACUGAAGUGCCGACGCCGGCCCCGACGACGGAGGCGCCGACACCUGCGCCCACGCCCGCGCCCACGCCGGCUCCCACGCCUGCGCCGACCCCGGCACCGACGCCUGCGCCUACGCCUGCCCCCACGCCGGCGCCGUCGCCGUCGAGCGGCUCGCCGUCCGACAACGGGUCGGGUCUCUGGGGCGGGAAGCUCUCGAUCGUCAACAACCUCCCCAAGAUGUGCAAGUACACGGACAAGACCGCGACGUGGUUCUCGUCCAACGGCCGAGGCGACCUCAAGCAGGGCGAGUCGGCGAUGAUGGGCCCGUUCGGCGGCAGCUACACGGUCGGCGUCCAGGAGAACGUCUUCGAGUGGUGCACGUACGCCGGUACUUGCGCGUGGAACAAGGGCGCGGCCGACAACUACUGCUACAACAUCAGCGUCGACAAGAACUGCAACACCAAGUGGAACGACUGCCCGUACCCGUCGGGGAAGAACGGCGGUCUCUCGCCCGCCCCGGAUGGGCGCAAGCGCUACACCAUCACUGGCGCCAUUAGCAAGGACGGCGUCUGCGUCCUCACCGUCAACCCGACUGGCGGCGGCUCCUUCUUCUGCGAGGCGACGAUCUAAGCGCGCGGCCAUGGAUCGCUACAUGGCCACCGCGUUGCAGAGACGACAGGCCCACGAGUACUUGUCUCAAUGAGGUUGAUGCAAGUCCGUAUUUGACGAGUACAUUUUUGAAUUUAUACACACCCGCCAUCCUACACUAUCGCAGUUGGAGUCAAAGUCGCCUUUAGGUCACUAGCCCUCAUCUCCGUCACCACCCAAAUACCCUCACUUGUCGUCAC